CAGAGGGGGCUUUGUAACAUGCUUCAAAAUUAGUCGACAAAAACAUUUUCUCCGUUUUGCAAUUAAAUCAAAAUUUAGUUUUUUUAAUUUUUUUUUGGGAAAGGGAAAGGGCCACUUUUGGCGAUUCUGGGAGGAUAAUGCCGAGUCUUGUUAGCCCGGAAGUGGAGCUUGCCAUCAAGGGCUUCAUUCUCGACCAGGAGAAGAUGGCCGAGGUGGUCGAGCGCAUGACCAAGGAGCUGAAGAUGGGCCUGGCCAAAGACACGCAUCCGCGAGCGGUGAUCAAGUGCUUUGUGACCUACGUACAGGAUCUUCCCACGGGCAAGGAGCGGGGAAGGUAUUUGGCCUUGGAUCUCGGUGGCUCUAAUUUCCGGGUGCUCAUGGUGACCCUGGCAAGCGAUUCGGCUGGGGAAACCAUAUCGAAGAGCUAUGACUUCCCCAAGUCCCUGAUGACGGGUUCGGGCAAGGCACUGUUCGACUUCCUGGCCGAAUGCCUGGCGGAGUUCUGCAAGGAAAACCGCGUGGAGGACGAGACCCUGCCACUGGGCUUCACCUUCUCGUUUCCCUGCCAGCAAAAGGGUAUUGCCAAGGGCGUCCUGGUGGCCUGGACCAAGGGAUUCAGCUGCGAGGGCGUGGUGGGCAAGAAUGUGGUGACCCUUCUCCAAGAGGCCAUCGAGCGGAGAGGGGAUGUGAAGAUCAACACUGUGGCCAUACUCAACGACACCGUGGGCACUUUGAUGUCCUGCGCCUACCACCAUCCCAACUGCCGCAUAGGACUGAUCGUGGGAACCGGCUCCAAUGCCUGCUAUGUGGAGAAGACCGUCAAUGCCGAGUGUUUCGAGGGAUACCAGACCAGCCCGAAGCCGUCCAUGAUCAUCAACUGCGAGUGGGGCGCCUUCGGGGACAAUGGUGUGCUGGAGUUCGUGCGCACACCCUACGACAAGAUAAUCGACAAGGUCACGCCCAAUCCCGGCAAGCAGACCUUCGAGAAGUGCAUCUCGGGCAUGUACAUGGGGGAGCUGGUGCGCCUCGUUGUCAUCGAAAUGAUUAGCAAGGAUGUGAUGUUCCACGGCGACAAGUCGCAGAGGAUCCAGAAGGCCUGGAGCUUCCCUUCCUCCUAUAUAUCCGACAUUGAGAGCGAUCCGCCCGGGGAAUAUCGGGCCUGCAACAAGGUCCUCAACGACCUGGGCAUCAUCGGCAGCCAGGAGUCGGACAAGGAGGCCCUGAAACUCAUCUGCCAGGCCGUUUCCUCCAGAUCCGCCAAGCUAUGCGCCUGCGGCCUGGUCACGAUCAUCAACAAGAUGAACAUCAACGAGGUGGCCAUCGGCAUCGACGGCAGUGUGUACCGCUUCCAUCCCAAGUACCACGAAAUGCUGCAGUUCCACAUGAGGAAGUUGCUCAAGCCGGGCGUCAAGUUCGAGCUGGUCGCUUCCGAGGACGGAUCCGGAAGGGGAGCAGCUCUGGUGGCGGCCACUGCCGUCCAGAACACGGCAAAGCUAUAAGCCAUGUGCGUUGGGGCAGGCUAACCAGCUAAAUUUAUUUUAAUAGUCACCGAGGUUUAUUGGGAUCAAUACCCGAAAAACCUAGUUGAAAAUACUUUAUUAAUAACUAUUUUACCAUCAAUAAAAAAGCAGGAAAUAAGCAAAAUA